AUGCACUUCCAAGUUAAGUACAUAACACGCCUGAAGCACUGCGCUGCCGCUGUGCAGCACUGGAGGAUACUUGUGAGGAAACUUUGCUCUGCAACAACACAGCAGCAACGACGUGGCUUUGGAGCAACAGGACCUCAUGCAUCUGCAGGGAGCAGGAAGUACCUGGGACUGCAGAGUUGCAGACACGCGUCCGACUCUGCCUACAGCAGAGCCUUCGCUGCAGCGAGAGGCGAGCCGGAUAAAUACUGGGCCGAGGUGGGACAGGACAUAAACUGGUUUGAAACGUGGAGUAAGACUUUGCACGUUGAGGACCCCGUGUUCCCACAAUGGUUUGUGGGAGGAAAGUUAAAUAUGUGUUACAACGCUGUGGACCGUCAUGUAGAAAGUGGCCGUGGAGAGCAGCCUGCAAUCAUUUAUGACAGCCCCGUGACUGGAACUAAACAGAUAAUCACUUUCAGGGAACUUCAGGACCAGGUGUCCAGAUUAGCAGGAGUUUUUGUGAAGAAUGGGGUACAGAAAGGGGAUCUUGUUGUUAUCUACAUGCCCAUGGUGCCUCAGGCAAUGAUCACCAUGUUGGCCUGUGCCCGGAUCGGCGCCCCACACAGCCUCAUCUUUGGCGGCUUUGCUUCCAGAGAGCUGUCUGUCCGCAUUGAUCAUGCCAAACCCAAGCUGCUAGUAACAGCCUCAUUUGGCAUCGAGCCAGGCAGAAGAGUUGAGUACAUCCCUCUGGUGAAAAAAGCCUUGGAGAUGAGCUCCCACAGGCCCUCAAAAGUCCUCAUCUACAACAGGCCAAACAUGGAGAGAGUGUCACUGAGUCCAGAGUUGAGUCUCGACUGGGAUGAAGAAAUGGCUGCUGCUCAGCCACAUGACUGUGUUUCCUUGCCCUCCAACCAUCCUCUCUAUGUACUCUAUACCUCUGGGACUACUGGAACACCAAAGGGUGUUGUGAGAGACACUGGAGGCUAUGCUGUUAUGCUGAAAUGGACCAUGUCAAAUAUUUAUGGACUCAGUCCUGGAGAUGUUUGGUGGGCAGCAUCAGAUCUUGGUUGGGUGGUUGGCCACUCGUAUAUCUGCUAUGGUCCUUUGCUCCAUGGUAACAGCACAAUACUCUAUGAGGGCAAACCUGUGGGGACACCAGAUCCUGGAGCAUUUUUCCGUGUCCUGUCAGAACAUGGAGCUUCCUCAAUGUUUACAGCACCCACUGCUAUCCGGGCUAUUCGCCAGCAGGACCCAAAUGCUGCAGUGGGAAGAAAGUAUCCACUGUCCAGUUUGCAGUCAUUAUUUCUGGCAGGAGAGCGAUGCGAUGUGGAGACACUGGAAUGGGCGAAGAAAAGCUUUGGAGUUCCUGUUCUGGAUCACUGGUGGCAGACAGAAACCGGCUCGGCUAUUACCUCCUCCUGUAUUGGUCUGGGAAACUCACUCACCCCACCUGCAGGCCAGGCUGGGAAACCAGUUCCUGGUUAUAAUGUUACUGUAAUCAAUGAUGACAUGCAGGAGGUGAACCCAAGAACCCUGGGAAAUAUUGUUGUGAGGUUACCUUUACCUCCUGGAGCCGCACUGUCAUUGUGGCAGAACGAGGAUCUGUUCAAGAAGCUCUACUUCACUAGGUUCCCAGGUUACUAUGAUACCAUGGAUGCAGGUUUUUUGGAUGAAGAGGGUUUCCUUUACAUCAUGUCCCGAUCUGAUGAUGUCAUCAAUGUGGCAGGUCACAGGCUGUCAGCAGGAGCAUUAGAGGAGUCAGUGCUGCUGCACUCUGCCGUUGGAGACUGUGCUGUGGUGGGUCUUGAAGAUACUCUGAAGGGUCAUGUGCCUUUGGCACUGUGUGUUCUCAAGAAAGGAGUUCAGAAAAAGGAAAAAGAAAUAAUCAAUGAGAUUGUCAAGCUUGUGAGAGACACCAUUGGACCAGUGGCUGCCUUCAGGAGUGUGCUUUUUGUUCAUGGAUUACCAAAGACGCGCUCCGGAAAGAUACCUCGCUCCUCUUUGGCCAAUCUGAUCAAUGGAAAACCAUACAAGAUUACUCCCACCAUUGAGGACCCAGAGGUGUUCAAAGACAUUGAAAAGCUAGUGGAAAACGUUCUGAGACGUCCUGCAUCCUGA